ACCAUGAAGUCAAGGGGCCUCUUUCUCCUCCUGGGGCUCUUUACCCUCUGGACAGCGCUACAGGGGGCACCAACAGAAAGGAUCCCUGCCACAGCUUCUCCUCUCCCUGGCGAUGACCCAGGGAAACACGUAUCAGAAGAAGAUGAGCUGAAGGAAAAACUUGUGUUGGGGGUAACAGAACCGGUGUCUGGAGUUGAACCUGAGUCUAAUGGAAAACCCGUGUCUGGUGCAGAACCUGUAUCCAGUGAAAACCCUGUGUCUGUUGUAAAACCUAGAUCCAGUGGAGAACCUGAAUCUGAUGACAGACCUGUGUAUGGUGGGAGAGAUGAUGAUGAUUCUGACCUGCAGGAUGGUGACUUUGCCAUGGCUGAUGACUUUGAUGGGGGAGAUGGUGAUUCUAAUGUGAGGGAUACUCGCUCUUAUGUGGAUGAUAACUUUGACGAGGGAGAUGUCGAUUCUUACCUGCAGGAUGAUGGCUCUGAUGGGGUUGGUGACUUUGAUGAGGGAGAUGUCGAUUCUUACUUGAGGGAUGGUGGCUCUGAUGGGGCUGGUGACUUUGACGAGGGAGAUGUUGAUUCUUACCUGAGGGAUGGUGGUGCUGAUGGGGCUGGUGACUUUGACGAGGGAGAUGUCGAUUCUAACCUGCAGGAUGAUGGCUCUGAUGGGGCUGGUGACUUUGACGAGGGAGAUGUCGAUUCUUACCUGAGGGAUGGUGGCGCUGAUGGGGCUGGUGACUUUGACGAGGGAGAUGUUGAUUCUUACCUGCAGGAUGGAGGAUCUGAUGGGGCUGGUGACUUUGACGAGGGAGAUGUCGAUUCUUACCUGAGGGAUGGUGGCGCUGAUGGGGCUGGUGACUUUGACGAGGGAGAUGUUGAUUCUUACCUGCAGGAUGGAGGAUCUGAUGGGGCUGGUGACUUUGACGAGGGAGAUGUCGAUUCUUACCUGCAGGAUGGUGGCUCUGAUGGGGCUGGUGACUUUGACGAGGGAGAUGUCGAUUCUUACCUGCAGGAUGGUGGCUCUGAUGGGGCUGGUGACUUUGACGAGGGAGAUGUCGAUUCUUACCUGAGGGAUGGUGGAGCUGAUGGGGCUGGUGACUUUGACGAGGGAGAUGAUGGGUCUGAUGAUUCAGACUAUUGAGGGGAGUUUCCUCAGCCCUCAUUGACCCGGACAUGGAAACCUUCUGAUAUCAGAUCAGCCAGCAAAUACAUUCCUGGCAACAAGAGCCUCUCUUUCCUGUUUGACUUUUUUCCAGCUCUCCCUUCUCUUUUACUAGUGAUUGCCUGGGAACAUGCUGCCUCAUUGAAUGACAAGGUUACUGCUCAGGGAUCACUCUCUCUAGGUGAAGGAAAUCAACGUUCAGGGAUCUUUGCUCCCUGGCCUGAGUAGGUGCAAGGGGACGUUGGGGUUCUCUCUCCAGGCUCUUACUCUAAGCUCAUCAUCCUAGUGUCUGAGCACUUUGAUUCAGCUUUCAGCUCAUUUUUUCUUGAGAUAUAUUUUCUCUCUUAUUAAAUCUUUCCUGAUGGGUUAGCCAGCCCCUGGCACUGAUGUUCUCCACUCCUAGCAGUGUCCAGGUUCAGGCCAGUUCUUCUCGGGUACCCAUCGCAUGGUGCACCCAGAGCCAUUCCCUCUGAACACCUUCAGGCUGGGCCUGGGGCCAGUGUCUUCAUCUGGGAGCUGGAAUUCCGAGUUGAAGGAAAACUCAUUUACUCACAAAUUCUCCUUCUGAUGUGGCUCCCCCUGCCCCGAGGUCAGCCAGACCUUUUGGCUAAGAGUAAUCAGAGCUGUGGUUUGGGAUCUGAUACAUCCUCUGCUGGGCCCCCAUGGAGUGAAUGGGCUGAAUGAACUAACUGGCGUUUUCCAUCUCUAACGGCUGUGACUCGCUUCUCUAAUGGAUUGUGUUUACUGAGGGACAACGUAUCCUACAGUCUCAGUUACUGAGGGACAGCAUAGAUCAUUGCUAUAUUUGCUUUCCACAAACUACUUUUAGUAUAACCUUUUAUGUACCUGAAUAUUUGGCUGCUAAUAUCUAAACUGUACUGUUAAAUUUAUUAGCCCUAAUUUGGGAUAUUGCAGAUUAUGUACUACAUGUAUUUUAUGGCUUUUAAACCAAACUUUGUACUUUUGGAUAAUUUAAGCCUUAUACCCAGAUGUACAGACACUCUUUCCUUAACCUGUGUCUUAGAGAAUUUUAACAUUAGCG